UUUUGUCUCCGGCACAGGAGGGGACGAGCUUCCACGUCUUUGAUCAGGGUUGCUUCGCCAAGGAGGUUCUCCCGAAGUACUUCAAACACAACAACAUGGCGAGCUUUGUGCGGCAGCUGAACAUGUACGGGUUCCGGAAGGUGGUCCACAUCGAGCAGGGCGGCCUCCUGAAGCCGGAGAAGGAUGACACGGAGUUCCAGCACCCGUACUUCAUCCGAGGCCACGAACAUCUGCUGGAGAACAUCAAGAGGAAGGUCAAUAAUCUGUCGGGAGUGGGCUCCUCUGUCGGUGUCGCCUUUCUUCUGAUGACUGCUGUCCUCUGUCUGUACAGUGAGAACGAAGCGCUGUGGAGGGAGGUGGCCAGUCUGCGGCAGAAGCAUGCACAGCAACAGAAGGUGGUCAAUAAGCUCAUCCAGUUCCUCAUCUCUCUGGUCCAGUCCAACCGGAUCCUGGGAGUGAAGCGUAAGAUACCGCUCAUGCUGAACGACAGCAGCUCAGCCCAUUCACUGUCAAAGUACACCCGCCAGUACUCCCUGGAGCAUGUCAACGGGGCCACCACCUACCCAGGCUCUUUCUCUGGGUACUCGGACUCUACUCGCUAUCCUGCGGAAGCCUUAGAGGGGCCGAUCAUCUCCGAUGUGACGGAAGUGGCUCAGUCCAGCCCCUGCGUGUCCCCGAGCCCCAGCCUGGAGGAGAGUCCUGUCAUCCUCAUCAAAGAAGAGCCGCCGAGCAGCCCGAGCGCGUCCGAGCGCAGCCCCGUGUCACCGGAGAGCGUGGACAACGUCCUGUCACCUUCCACAUUCAUCGACUCCAUCCUGCAGGAGAGCGAGCCCAGCGAAGGGACGGCCAAAGAGGGCGGAGCCAUGCAGCCUGCAGAGCCCUGCCUGAGUGUGGCCAGACUGGACAACAUGACUUGCAGUCGGCAGAUGUCCGAGGUGACCCACCUAUUGCCCAGCUCCACGUGCUGCUCCUCCUCCUCCCUGCAGAGCAGAAGCGAGCCUGGGAUCGAGCUGAAUGACCACGUGGACAUUAUAGACUCCGGCCUGGACAGUCUGCAGAGCAUCUUCAACACGCACAACUUCAGUGUGGACUCCGGAGCCCUCCUAGACUUCUUCAGUUCGUCUCUGAGUGGGCCGGAUCUGUCACUUCCUGACCUGGACUCCAGCCUGGCCAGUAUUCAGGAGCUUCUAUCUUCCCAGGAUCAGCGAUCUUCUGAGACGGACCCGGAAGAUGCAGGAAAACAGAUCGUCCAUUACACGGGGCAGCCCCUCAUCCUGAUGAACUCCUCCGCCUCAGAUCUUCCCAUUCUUCUGGAGCUGGAGGAUGAAGAUGACCCCACCCUGUCCCUCCUGUCCUGGGACUCUCAGAACAAGUCCGAGGGCUCCGGCGUCUCCUAACUUCUCCUGCUGUCUGGGGUGCUUUGAG